AUGGCGUCAGUUAGACAACAAAAAACUUGUGUUGCAUGUCAAAAUGGAGUAGCCAUAUGUAGUGGCUGCCAAGAAAGCUUUUGUUUAACUCAUUUUACAGAACAUCGACAAGAACUCGAUAAAAAAAUGGGCGAAGUUGUGUAUGAGCAUAAUCAGCUACGAGAAGCUCUCUGUUCGCAAAACACUGUUCAUCCUCUUGUGUUUCGCAUUGAAGAUUGGGGAAAAGUAUCUAUUCAAAAGAUUAAGAAUACAGUCAAGCAAGCUCGUACAGAUCUACAAGCAUUCCUUGAUCGUACAAAACAUCGGCUGGUAGAUUCACUUGGUAGCAUAGCUGACCAAUUGAAAUUGAGUCAAACAGCAACUGUCUAUACUGAAAAGGAACUUGAUAAAUGGAUGAAACAAUUAGUGGAACUAGGUCAGAUGUUUGAAAACCCACAGAACAUUGAAAUUGUAGAGGAUGAAUCAAGAAGUUCAUCUGUUCGUAUGAUCAAAGUGACGGAGAAAUCCAAUAGUGGAACUUGUCAUACGAUUAACCAAACAAUAUUGCAGUCAAGACCAUCAACGGAAGUAGUAUCAACUGGUACGUAA